AUGGCAUUGAAAAAAACUUCCUCUGACAGUCACCAAGGCUUGACGCCACCCGAUAGCCCAACGAAGGGGUCGACUAUGCCUCCUGCCACCUUGAAGGAUCUGAUGCUUCUCUUUGGUGUGUUUCUUGAGAACGCGCUGCUCGAUCUUGCCGACGAAGAACCUCCAAACACUCCCGUCUCCCAGGACCAAUCCCCACCAGGCCUCGACAUAGUUCGACUGAAGCGGUUGAUGGUCAAGCUCACCCACGAUGAAUGUGGGUCAGCUGAACUCUCCCUGGCAACUAGGCCUGCUCGGUCUUCUUCUGCCAGCAAUGAACAGGAAGAGAAUGUUCAGGCAAUAGACGAGAUUGAUCUCGAAAGUCCGAUCUGUACCACACCGGAUGAUUUCAAGUCGUUUGAGAAAUGGGCAUCAAAAUCCCAAUUUAAAACAGUUAUGGAAACCUGGGACAAAGAGGCAUGUAAAUACAAGAUAGCCGAGCCAACAGAGACUAGCAAUGACCUGGACGACUACGCUGAGUAUGCAUUCGUUGUCCGUGAACGUGUUGACCGAACGUCCGAGGAGGUAGUUCCAUUCAUAGAUAUCAAGUCGGAAGGCCUACGCGACAUCCUGCGAGACGUGCUGCACGACAUCAAGGCCGUUAGCCUGAUGGAGGACAAGCCAUCGAUCGAGCAAAAUUUCCUUUUUCAUUUCCUCCCAGAGCUCGACAGAUGUGCGGAGAAUAUGGAUAGCAAUUCGGACCAUGAGUCGGCACAUGCGGAGCAUCUCCUCUUGCUCAUCGAUCACCUCAAGCACGCAUAUACUUCUACUUUGCAGCGUCUCGAAUCAAUGUUGCAGCACGGUCAUAUUAUAUAUGACCUUCUUUGGGCGCUUUUUAAGCCUGGUUGCCAUGUUUAUACCACAUGCAUUGGCACAAAAGAGCCGCGAUGUGUCGUAUUCGACGCGGGCGAAGAGAUAACACAAAAUGACGAGACGUGGUUGAAUCUCGAGUGCCGAUUUCUUGAUUAUAACGGAGUCAAGUUCGGCGAGGCCGGUAUCUUUCUGCGAGUGGCCAAGUUCCGAGGAUCAAAGCCGAUCGAGAGCCUUGAGGCCUUCCCUCUCUGCCACUAUACAAGUCACGAGCAAGUCCGGAAAGACCUGAUCGAGAAGGGUCAAAAGUUUCGGGAUUUUGCCGGCUCACACGUUCGGCACUGUAAAGGCAACGCAUUCUUUAUGAACAAGGGGAAGGCUAUCAAAGUCAAUAUCAACGGUCGAGUGGCAGUGGACGCCGCAUUUUUCUAUGAAAUGCAGCCAAACUACUCCCGACCGUCACUCCGCGACAUUGGGGUCAAGGAUAAGGUUGGGAUUGCAGUCUUUGACAUUGGUGCAAUGCUCAUGGAGGACCGUGAGCGAGAGAAGGAGAAAAUGCGAGGAGACGGUGUAGAUACCCAAAGGCUGAGCGAGGCCGAUUUACUGGUCGCCUGCCCAACAGUUUGCUGUUUCAGUUUCAAGGAGAAAAUGUUCUUGGAGUGCGCAGUUAGUGCUCUUAGGGACGUGGAUUGGUCCCCUGAGUCGUUCGACUGCCUGAAGAUCCCCUCAGAGACUAAGACUAUCCUCUUGUCAUUGGCGAAAACCCGCCUAGGGAUGAUACCGACGAUACCGUUCGACGACGUAAUUGAUGGAAAGGGCCAAGGAUUCAACAUUCUUCUGAAGUAUAUCGGCAAACCGUCUAUACUAUCAAGACUUCCCAUCCUAACUCGUGCUAGUGGCCCACCGGGAGUCGGAAAGACUUUCACGGUUGAAGCAACCUCGGAGUAUUUCAAACUCCCCCUCUAUUCGAUAUCUGCAGGCGAACUUGUUGUCAACCACGGGGAUUCCAAUGCGCUUGAGCAACAACUUGAAACAGUAUUCAAGAUCGCCAAACACUUUAAUACCGUGCUUCUCUUGGAUGAGGCAGACGCGUUCAUGGAGCAGCGUACAUCUUACCACGAUGCCCACAAUCGCCUUGUGACCAUUUCCCUCCGAAAGCUGGAAUAUUAUCAAGGAAUUCUUUUCUUGACUUCAAAUCGGGGUAUCCAGUUUGAUGACGCAAUUCUCAGCCGGAUCCAUUUGAUCAUUGAGUAUGAGAAUUUAACGAGAGAGUUUCGCAGAGAUCUCUGGUCAACUUUUCUGUCCAAGGCAUGUACGAUGCAAGGACCUGCUAUUGUUGAGGAGCACGAACUCCGACGAUUGGAGUCUUUAGCUCUGAAUGGACGAGAGAUCAAAAACGUCGCAGCAAUUGCACACGCUCUCGCUGAGGCUGACGUCAAACAGGUGAACUACAAAUGCUUGAAGUUAGCCGCCGAAUCAAAUAAGAAAUUUUCAAAGGAGUUUGGCAGAGAGAGGCCUGCUGAUGGAAUGUAUGUCUAA